AUGGCUACGCUUGAUUCUUCAGAGGUUGAUUCAUACAUCCUUUCCGUCGCCAAGGCCUUUUGCUCAAAGGAUGCAGAUCGUUCAAUGGAAGAGGCAGCCAAACUGACAUGCCAGAAUGCAAAGGACAUCAACGUUGCAUUCAUGGGAAUCACCAUGGCACUUGUUAUGUCGGAUGGCGAGAGAGAUAGCAUGCAGCUGGCUAAAGAUGGCGCUCAGCAUGGAGAAGAAUUUGAUGGUGACGUCGUCGGUGCAUGUGCAGAUCCAAGUAUACCAAUCAACAGACGCAAGCUCAUCAUCAAGGAAUACAUCACACACGCCGAAACCCUCGAGGCAAUGUCGAAUAACAUGCUGGGCCGGCUUAAGAGUAUUAGAAACGAAUUUUUUGACCUAAUCCAAGAUGUUCGGCGUUCAAACGGGAAAUCCAAAUUGACCUACACAGAACAGGAAGUGGAUCAAAUCGACUGGGUCUGCCUGUCUGCUGGAUGUGAUCUAGUCACCCGAUCUCACUGGGAUUUGAUCUAG